AUGGCGGAGCUGGAGCUGGGGCAGCACUGCGGGGUGGCGGACUGCCGCCAGCUCGAUUUUCUCCCCUUUGUAUGUGAUGGCUGUUCAGGUGUCUUUUGCCUUCAGCACAGGAGCCGGGAUGCUCAUGGAUGUUCUGAGGUGAAUAUAAAAAACAAUUCUGUGAAACCAGAUCAGCACAGAUCUUACCCAUGCUCAUACAAGGACUGCAACAGAAAGGAGCUUUUGCCAGUUUUAUGUCCUUACUGCGAAAAACAUUUCUGUCUAAGACACCGGCAUCAAUCAGACCAUGAAUGUGAGAAACUGGACACACCAAAACCUCGAAUGGCUGCCACCCAGCAGCUAGUUAAACAUAUUACAGAUUCUAAAAAAAAUGAGGAAGCAAAAAGCAAAAAACGCAAAGGAGCAAAAAACAGUGAGACAGCAGCAAAAGUGGCAUUAAUGAAACUGAAAAUGCAUGCUUGUGGGGACAAGUCCUUGCCUCAGACAGAAAGAAUUUACUUUCAAGUAUUUUUACCGAAGGGGAACAAAGAGAAAAGCAGGCCCAUGUUCUUUUGCAGUAAGUGGAGUAUUGGCAAAGUAGUAGAUUUUGCAGCUUCCUUAGCAAGCCUUAAAAAUGACAACAACAAAUCAACAUCCCAGAAAUUGAGAUUAUGCCAUACUGCCUCUGGAGAAGCUUUGCCAUUCGAGCACACAUUGGAAACAUGGCUAUCUGAUAAAGACUAUCCAUUGUACAAUGGUGGAAAUAUAAUUUUGGAGUAUCUUGAUAAUGAUGUUCUAUUUAUAGAAGACACAGAGUCAUACUUUAGUUAAUCACUAAAUUAUCACAAACAAAUAAAAUCAAAGAAUUUUUUAGAAGUGCGGUAUUCAAACCAAGUCCAGUUUUCUC